AUGGUCGAACAAACACUCACCAGCAAGGUAGCCAUCGUCACCGGCUCAUCCUCAGGCAUCGGCGCCGCAAUCGUACGAGAACUAUCCUCCCGCGGCGCCAACACCGUGGUCAACUAUCCCUUCCCCGGACUCAAAACCGAAGCAGACACCGUGGUUGCCUCCCUAGGAACCGACUCUAUCGCCGUCGAGGCUGAUAUGUCCAAAAUCGAGUCCCCACAGAAACUCGUGGACGCAGCACUCGCGAAAUGGAGUCGCAUUGACAUCUUGAUCAAUUGCGUCGCGCUGGCCGUGAACAAGCCUAUAGAAGAGCAGACACUUGAAGACUGGGAUUUAUUGGUGAAUAUCAAUGGUCGGGGAACGUUUCUUUUGACAAAGGCUGUUCUACCACAUCUCACCAAGGGAAGUGGGCGGAUCGUGAACAUUGCGAGUAUUUCUGCUCGGGGGCCGCCGCCUAAUCAGACUAUUUAUGCUGGGACGAAGGGGAUGGUUGAUUCUUUUACCAAGUGCUGGGCAAAGGAACUCCCUCCUAAAUACGGAUGUACCGUCAACUCCGUUAGUCCCGGUCCAACCAUGACCGAAGGCUUUGCUGCCGCGGGCGAGGAACAGAUGAAGAUCCUCCAACCGAUUAUUGACCAGACACCGGUGGGACCGAGGAUGGGACGGCCUGACGAGAUUGCAUAUGCAGUUGCGUUCCUUUGUGAAGAGCGGGCGCGGUGGAUUAAUGGGGAGCAUUUGAUUGCGUCGGGUGGAUUGUUUAUUGAUUAG